UGACCAUAGUUCUAAACCAAAAAUUGAAUGAGUUACACCUUUUGGAAAUUUUAAAAUAAUUAAAUUUUUUCGAUUUUACCAAAAACAUUUAUUGUUUUAAAUUUUAACUGAGUGAUUUUUUCAUAGAUUUUAAUAAAGAAUGUGAAGUAGGAAAUUAAAUAAAAAAUACUCCGUUACAUUGUUUUGACUUAUGUUUAUUUUUUUUAUCUAAUAAAAUGUUCAAAAUUUCCUCCGUUUUUUUCUAAACACAUUUCCAAUCGACGCUAUACAUUUUUUUUUUGGUAAUUCUGUAUUAAAUUAUUUAAAUGUAUUUCAUUUUAGUUCAAAAAUGACUAACUUUUGUAUUAAAUUCAAGCGUGUAAUGUUUUUGGUAAAAUCGAAAAAAUUUAAUUAUUUUAAAAUUUCCAAAAGGUGUAACUCAUUCAAUUUUUGGUUUAGAACUAUGGUCAAUGGAUGAAAAUUACUUAGAAUAAAAUAAUCUAUCCAUAUCCGGUGACAAAAAUAGGUGUUGCAAUUUAAAAAAAAAAAUUUGUAUUGCGCAUGCGCAUACUACAAGAGUUAAAAAUUUGAAAUUUGUCCUUAAAUGUGUACUUCAGUACCCCUAAGCUAUUGCAGCAAACCGUAUUUCAAUCUAAGAUUAUCGGGCUGAGAUAUUUAGUGGUACAUUUAAAACGGGACACACUGUAUAUACACGUUAUAAUUAAAAGGUACUUAUAAUCAACUUAAUUAUGAGUCUAUAUUUAAUAUUUAAUAAAUUACACACGACACAAAUACGUAGUACAUAUUAGAUCCUUAUUAUAAUGUACUAAAUCGGAAAUUGUAUUAUAAUAUGACUAUACAUUUUAAAAUUUCUUAACAUAAAUUUUAAUUAAUAUUAUAUUACAUUUUUAUAUCAAUAAAAAAUAAUUAUAUAUAAGAAUAUGUCCAAUGUUCUGUUGAAUAAUCUGUGUUAGACCUAUGUUUAUAAUUAUGACAAUGUGGUAUCACCCGUAUUAGACAAUACACGGUAAACCAACUAUACGCCUUACCCUCGUAUUCUCUAGUUAAUGACAUUCUCUAAUGUUAAUGUACGAUGGUAUGCGCUUGUCAAUUCUUAGUUCGUUCCUAUCUAGUUGAAAUGACUCAAAGAUUACAUAUACCUUGCCACCUUGGCACUAUUCAGUUUAAUAAAACUUCAUUGACACAUAUGGUACGUACAUCCCGGCGCUGUUCCUAUAAAAGGUAAGAACGUAAGAAUGACUAAAAUAAUGUUUAACUUGGGUUUUCAGGUCGGAAACACUUUUAUUGUAUUAAAACACACAUAAAUAAAACACUUAGCAAAUUCAGAUCACCUAGCCCGUACUACGAUCGGCGUUUCACAUGCACGUCGUAGCUACGUCCUCGCCGAAUCACUCAGCGACACUGGGUGCCGUGCCUGCGCGUACGGCGGUGUUAUAUAGAAAAUGAAAUAUAGAAGGUGAAAUAAAUCGUCUUGAAUAUCUAAAGUCAAUUUCCUUUAAAUUUAUACCUACAAAAUUUUAAAAUUUUUUAAUAUUUUAUAAUAAAUAAUAUAUUAUAAUUGGGUUAUAUUUCCGUUUCUUAUAAGAUUUAAUAUUAAGUCUCAUAAAUUUGAACGUGGAAAUCGGCUCCAAAUAAUUGAUAGGCUAACGUUUUUAUUAUUCGUUUUAUAAUAAUUAAAUGCUCCUGCUCGAACACCAUAAAUUAUAUAAUACACACACAGCACUACCGUUAAACCGGUUUGUGAAUUCCUGAUUUCCGAUAAUAAUACAAAACUCGGCGUCUCAGUGUCGCAUUCCCCUCGACUAAAAUUACAGAGAAAAAACUGGUCACCGCUACUCAUGACUCCAUGGUUGGGAGGGGGUGGGGGUGGACCCAAUACGAUCGUCGUUCUCCCGAUAACUCAAUGGCCGACAGUUGAAACUAACCACAAACAUCGGUGCAUCGACGACGAUUCCACGUGACACCGACUCCACUCGCCAAGAUAACAGGCAGACUUCCAGUUAUUAAAAGUUAUUUAACUCAUCGUUAAACGUAAUUGGUUAAAUAAUUGUAAUAUUCGGAUGAGUAUUUUCAGUGUUUAACGACACAAUUAAAACAAAGUAAAUGACACGAUAACAGUCAAAAGAUAAGAAUCUGUACAUUAAACAAUAUAAUUCAAGUUAUGGUGAGUACCUACCAAACAUUUAUUUAAAGGUAAAUAAGAAGGUUCUCCCUUAUAAAUUAUAACAACAUUCAUCGUUAAAAUUUAAAAAUAAUAUCUGCAUUGAUAUUAUAUUACCAUACAUAUUUAAAUUUUUUUGAUACUAUAGCGUUCCUUGCUUAAUAAAAUUGUUUAUUUUCAAAUAUAUUUUUUUUAAAUGUUCAACUCGUUGAUCAAGUGUUAAAAUUUAAAUCGAUUGAAUAAUUAAGUGUCCAGAAAAUAUACGAUCACCUAUACAAUUUUUUUCAAAUCCUAAAUUCGAUUUAUCAUAAUUAUUGUAAGUCUAGCUUAAUUGCUUAUGGUGUGAAGGAUCUAUAGAUAAGGAUCAUAUCAAUUUGUGAGUAUCAUGUGUGGCUGCGUUAUCAAUAAUGUAAUGUGUAGUUUUUGAUAAUUUAAUCAUAAUAAUAGUAGGUACUAUAAUAUAUUAUAUAGGUACUAUAUUAUUACAGAGUUUACGUUUUAUAAUAACAUACAAUAUAUGUAAUGUAUAGUGUAGCCGGUAGUCGUUAAUUUAUAUUACUUUGUUCAAUUCGUUAUAUAAUAUUCAGUGUAGGUAUGGUGUUCAAAAUUUAUCUUGACUUUUCUUUUGCCCAGAAUAAAAAUUGUGUUUCGAAGCAGUAUAUUAUCAGAAAAAAUUAUUUUUGAGUGAAUUCUAUAUAACAGCUCUUUUAAUAGGUAAAAUAUAUAAAGUAAAAGUUAUAAUUGAUAAUAAAAUAUUUUUUUUUUAAUUAUUACAGUUCAUAUAAUUAGCAGAAUGAGUUCCUCGAUAUCUAUACAUCUGUGGAUUUGUAUUUUGGUAUUCUUACCAUCAUGUUACAGAGGUCGAGCUGAGUUCUACUUUAAAGAUGAUGGUUUGAUGAUAAAAAGAACUGACUGGUACAAACAUCUCAAAACCAAAGAAUUAGAUGAUCAUAUUAAAACAUUUGUCAGCGAUAUUGAGAGACGUGAGGAGGAUAAAUUAUGGUUUGGGUUAAAUAUGGAUAUUGGAAGCCCGGAGCAUGGACUUUUGAUCGAUUCUCAGCUUUCCGAAGAACUGUAUUCAUUAUAUAGGCAUGCUGAAAUUGUUUCUGAAGCUUCCUCCUUUAUACGCCAUAGAGAAUGUCAAGAUGGUGGAGGACAAUGUGCCAUAGACUUAUCGAAAGUGAAACUAGACAAGACAUCUUUGGGUAAUAUUUGUUUGUCCAUGUUUUACAACAAAACAGCAUGCAUCGGGAUGAACUUGAAGUAUCGUAGUCCUGACGGUUCUUGUAACAACUUGAAACGUUACUACUCGGGAAAAGCAACCACGGCUUAUAAACGUUUGCUGUUUAAUAACUAUAUUAACAGUUUUGAUAGAGUUAGGGAAGAUUCUUUUUCGUCUUACAGACCCAGUCCUAGAACGCUGAGCGUUGAAUUUGUCAAAGACGAGCACUCACCAGAUGACUUCAAAACGAUGGCAAUGGCGUACUGGACGAUUUUUGUAGGCCAUGAUCUAUCUCACACGGCAAUGUCUAGAAUGCUGACUAGUUAUAAAUCCGUGAGCUGUUGUGCAGAAGGACGAUCGGAGCUCAUACCUGGAAGCAUAUACGACGAGUUGUGCUUGCAAGUUGUGAUACCGGAUGGAGAUCCAUUUUUCCGUAACCCUCAUCGUUGUAUGCACUACGCGCGUUCGGUGCCAGCUGUGCGUUCCGAUUGUACUUUUGGAGUCAAGGAACAAAUGAACCAAGCUACUCAUUAUUUAGAUGGGUCGAUGAUAUACGGUUCGUCGGCGAAACGGACGUGGUCGUUGAGGACCAACUUGGACGGCCAACUAUUGACAAGCAUAGGCUGCGAUAACAAGAACCAUGGCGACCAGCUACAGCCGCAGUAUAUGCCGCUGGAAGACACCGAAUCAAUCGCCUGUCAGUAUGGCAGCGGCACGUGUUAUAGAGCUGGUGACAUCCGGGCAAAUGCGCUUCCCCAACUGACGGUCAUGCACACAUUGUGGAUGAGGGAACACAACCGGUUGGCCAAACUACUGUCCCACGUCAACCCGCACUGGGAAGACGAACGUAUUUUUCAGGAGGCCAGGAAAAUCGUUACGGCAUCCAUUCAGCACAUAACUUACGCUGAGUGGCUGCCAGCGCUGCUCGGGGAAAACUACACCAGGCGGAACGGGCUUGAGCUGCCGACAAAAGGCUACAGUAACGCGUACAACGAGACCACCGACCCGAGCGUCAGCAACAGCUUUGCGACCGCAAUAUUACCAUUCGCCAAUUCCAUGUUAAGCGACACCAUCAGUUUAUAUACGGAAGGCCGAAUGAUCAACGCAAGUCUUUCACUAAAGGAACAUUACAACCGACCAACUGGUUUACUAUUAAAUUACAUGGAUCAGCUUGUCAGAGGGCUAUCUACACAGAAUACACAAAAAAUUGAUAUGCUAUUUACUAAAACGCUUACAAAUUACUUAUACAGUGUUUAUCCAAACCACGCGUUUGGAAUGGACAUCGUCAGCUUGGAUAUACAACGAACCCGCGAUCAUGGUAUACCAAGCUACACAGAAUUUAGAAAAUAUUGUCGACUAAAAGCUAUCAGAAGUGUACAAGAUUUAUCCAAGAUCAUGGUUGAAGGCUCAACUGAUAGACUAUUGAAGCAAUACAAACAUUGGAGAGAUAUAGAGCUUUUGGUAGGUGCAUUGUUUGAGAAACAUGAAGAAGACUCAAUGGUUGGCCCAACGAUGAGAUGUAUCAUUAGAGAACAGUUUAUAAGAACUAGAAUGGCAGAUAGAUAUUUUUACGAUUUACCAAAUAUAUUCAAUGAAUAUCAACUGACAGAAAUCAGAAAAGUGACGCUUGCCAGAAUCUUUUGUGAUAACAGCAAUAAUGUCACAAUGAUGCAGAAAAAAGUAUUUUUGAUACCUGCAAUGGCUGAUUUGCAACUCUGUAAUUCCCAAUCAAUUCCAAAAAUCAACAUCAAUCACUGGUCAGAGAUGGUCGAUACAUUUAAAAAAUAACUUUAAAUUUAAUAAUCAAUAAUCAGUGGAAGUACCUUCACUGGAUGGUUUGUUCCCUCAAGUAACUCAAGCCAUUGCAUUUAAUUUUAUUUAAAAAACAUACAUUAGGCUUAUUGUACUUUUUUUUAGUAUAGAUUGUAUAAGUUCUAGAUUAAAAAAAAUAAUCAAUAAUCAGCCUUUAAUCUAACCUUAUUUUCAUUUUACCUAUAUAAUUUAUCUUGUCUUUAAUAAAUAUUUUUAAAUUAAUUAUGAGUCUAAAAGUUGCUAUGUUACGCACUUGUAAGACGGAGACAACAAAUUUCACUGUAACGGCCCAUUAUGGCCAAAAAAAUAAAAAUAUUUUUGUCUGUCACAGAAAAAUUAUAGUCAGGCCAAAAUACAAACAUGAUAAAUUUUAGGUAUGUAUACUCUGCAACACCUCAAAUGAUGGCUCUGCUUUUGCCCAAAUACCGAUUUUUAUGUUUCACAUAAACUACACCGUAUUAAUAUGACAAUAUGAACUACCCACACAGCCUUUGUCAAUCAAAAAAUUGUAUAAAUAUUAAAUUUGAUAUGGAUUUAGAUAUUUAAAUUUAAAAGUUAAUGAAUUAUUGAUAAAAUAUUUUAAUUUUUACGCUGUAACCAAAACAUUGUAUAGUUAUGAAUAAAUAUUGGCUCAACAAUAUUUAAUUUUUAAAGAUGAUUAAAAAUUGAAUAAAUCUUAA